CAUUUGCUCCAAAUCUGUUGGCUUUGCAUCCAUAAUGGGAAUCUCUGUUCCACCACAUCCCAAAGGUGCUCUACUGGAUUAAGAACUGGUGACCGUGGAGGCCAUUUGAGUAGGCUACAGUGAACUCAUCGUCACGUUCAAGAAACCAGUUUGAGAUGAUUUGAGCUUUGCGACAUGGUGCGUUAACCUGCCCGAGGCAGGUAUCAGAAGAUGGGUUCACGGUUGUCAUUAAGAGAUGGACAUGGUCAGCAACAACACUCAGGGAUGAGAGGCCUCUCCAACUAUUGUCUAUCAUGCUGUGUGAACAGCUUGCUGCAGACUUUCUCUGCUACCUGGGAAAUAGCAGAACUGCUAGAAAGGUGGGAUGUAGCUGGUGCGAGAGGAGAUGCUCGUAAUGUCGCGCUGCAUCUAAAGAGAGUUCUUGAGGCCAUGCGGGGUGACCUCCCUCAGCUCACUCCACAUCGUGACUUCCUCCACUGUCUGGACCAAAACCACUUUCAACUUAAUGUGCAGCAUGAUGCAGAUGAGGUGUUCCUCUCGAUUCUCAACUUCAUUCACCAGCAGAUGGACAACAGAGUUCUGGCUGGGGAAAUUCAGGAUCUGUACAAGAUUUCAGUGGAGACACACCUGCAGUGUUUAAAGUGCAACUCCAUCCAAACUGAAACCAGCUACAUGCUCAGCCUGCCGCUUUAUGUAAAGGAGGACGACAACUCUCUUGAGGGCUGCAUGAACUCUUUCUUUGAGCAUCAGGAGCUCAAGGGCAUAAACUCCUGCUUUUGUGCACACUGUGGAACUAAGAACCCAUCCAGACAGGGUGUCAAACUCCUCUCACUGCCUCGUAUCUUGUGCAUGAACCUGAAGCGAUUUCGGAACAGCCGCGGUUCCACACACAAACUUGACUGCAGGGUUCCUUUCCCAGAAACCUUUGAUUUCUCCCAGAGUCUCCAAGAUGUGUUCUCCGAAAACUUUGCACAGAAUGAGUGCAGGUACACCUUGUACGCAGUGGUCGUGCACUCUGGUUAUGCAAUGUUUGGACACUAUACUGCUUACGUCCGCCACAGGGAGAACAAGUGCUGGUACUAUGCAGAUGAUAGCCACGUACAGCAGACCUCCUGGGAAGAAGUGCAGAGAACAUAUGGAGGACGACACAGUAGAACGGCGUACAUGUUAAUGUACAGAAGAGAUUCAGAAGAAUGGAGGCCACGGCCUGAACUUUCUGGCUGAGUGGAUGGGUGCAAAGAAAUCAGGGGACAUGGUGCAAUAAAAUAUGGAAUGCAUUGAUUUUAUGGAAGUAUUUCAUGGGAAUUUCUGACCUUUUUCCACAAUGUGAAAGGUUUUAUAGUCUAUAUUUUUUUUUCCUGAUCUCACUGAGCUCAACCAGCAAAUGAAUUUCUCUUAACCAGUAGGUGGCGUUGAAGACUUUAUACAGGAAAGGGUUUUCCAUCUCAGACCACACACACUGUGAACACACUCACUGGUACUGGGGGGUUGGUCUGAAGUGACUGCUUAGCUGAGAUAUUUGCUGUUUGGGGAAAUACCUGCAUUGAGAUCUGGUGUGCAUUUUCCUGAUAUAGCUGUUUAUGAGUCAUUCUUGAAGAACACUCGAUGCAUUUUUUUCUCAUUUGGGUGACACAAUCAUCUUUUAUUUUAUGUAUUCUGUCUAUUUAACCACUAUUAAAACUAUGCUUGGGUAUUAAA